AUGGCGAGCCCCGGCCUGGGGCUGCUCCUGGCGCUCGGCCUGCCGCUGCUGCCGGCCCCCUGGGACCAGGCUUGGGGACAAACACUCCCAGGAAAUGAGAACAGCACCAUCACACCCACCAACCCUAAUUCCAAUGGAGGCCUAUCCCAGGAUGCCAUCACGGCCAUCAUUGUGGUCUUCUCCAUCCUGGGCGUCCUGGUCCUUGCCGUGCUGCUGGCACUGCUGGUGUGGAAGCUGCGUGAGAAACGGCAAACAGAGGGCACCUACCGGCCUAGCAGUGAGGAGCAGGUGGGUGCCCGCGCGCCACCACACCCGAACCUCAAGCUGCCACCAGAGGAGAGGCUUAUCUGA